AUGAAGCUGCUCGCCGCUCUUUCUAUCACCCUCGCGCUCGCUACCAACGUCCUCGGUCACUACCGCUUCCUUAACUUGAACGGAAGUGGUGAUUACCAGUACAUUCGCCAAUACGACAACUACUACUCGAAUGGACCCAUUACGGAUGUUUCGUCCACUGACAUUCGUUGCAACUUGAACGGUGCUGGCAAGACUACGGGAACUCUCACUGUGGCGGCUGGCUCGACUGCCACCUUCACUGUCCCCAACGGAAUCUCUCAUCCUGGUCCUCUCCUCUUCUACAUGGCCAAGGCACCUUCGACAGUCAACGGAUGGGAUGGCAGUGGCAAGGUCUGGUUCAAGAUUGCGCAAACUGGUGCCACAUUCUCUCCUGGACAGAUCAACUGGCCAAGCUCUGGCAAGACCUCCGUCAGCGUCACCAUCCCGAGAUCCGUUCCAUCUGGUGAAUAUAUCCUGAGGGUAGAGCAUAUUGCUUUGCACUCCGCCUCGUCUACUGGAGGUGCCCAGUUCUACAUCUCCUGCGCUCAAAUCAAAGUCACCGGUGGUGGAAGCGGCAAUCCUGGCCCACUCGUUUCCUUCCCUGGCGCCUACAGCGCAAGCGACCCUAGCAUUCUCAUCAACAUUUACUACCCCGUCCCAACCUCGUAUACCCCACCGGGGCCUUCGGUCUGGCAAGGCUGA